UGUGCCACCUAGUGGCCGCUGGCACAGAGGAUGGGAGCGGGACUCAAUUCUCAGAGGCAGCAGAGUUGGGCACAUCUCUGUUUUUAUCCUGUCAAGUUCAUUAAUUUAUUAGGUGGCACCGGUCAAGUUUAGGCUUGGCAUAAGAAAAGUUACAGACAUGCCAAGUCUAAAGCUGAUAUCUGCGACCGACACUCUGUACUCAGCUGCUGUCCUCAAGUCCCUGGAUGAGCAAAGAAGCACUGGAUUGUUUUGCGAUGUCACCAUCAUCGUACAGGACAAGAAGUUCAGAGCGCACAAAGCCAUUCUCUCCAUCUCCAGUACUUAUUUCCACCAGCUCUUCAGUGUCGCCGGACAAGUGAUUGAGGUGAACUUUGUACGACCAGAAAUCUUCGAGCAGAUCCUCAACUACAUUUACAGUUCCAGGAUUGUACGUGUUCGUUCAGACAUGCUAGAAGAGCUCAUACAGGCUGGACAGAUUCUAGGAGUGAAGUUUAUUGCAAAUUUGGGAUCUCACGUCCAAGGCAUUCCUGGUUUGUCCAAAGAGACGGAUGCCAAAAAUGAUGCGAUUCUGCCAGUAAUCACAGAGUCUUUCUCCAUUUCUUCAGAGGAGUUCAAUCAGAAUAAAAAACAAGCAGCGAAGGAGGUGGACUCAGACUGUGAUGUUGUGUUCGUCUCGUGCACAGACGCUCAAACCCGAGCAGCUAAUAGGAAAGUUAGCGCGGUCAUUGAUUUGGACAAAUUAGAUGCAGAAAGUGGAUCAGAAGUGAACAGAAAUGCUCUUGGAAAAGGUCAGGCCUCAACUCCCACAACAAACUCUGCUGCCGCGCCUACCACCGGCAACUGUCCUAAACCCAGUGCACCGGUCAGCAGCCCUCUGCAGAGUCCUGAUAGCAGCUCCCACUCUUCUUCCCCUCUCGUAGUUUCUUGUAGAAGCCUUCACUCAACCCCAGCAGGAGGGAGGAGCUUCACUCCUGAGCCCUCCAGCUCCUCUCAGCCUCUUGACGACAGAAUGGGAGUCCACAAAAAGCAAGUGUCUGCUUUAUUUCAGGAAGGAGAUCUCAAAAUAAGGCUCCUAGACGUGUCGGACAUCUCCUCUCCUCAAGAUGCUCUCAAAGGAAACAACGAAGCAAAGCAGACGGUGACGAUCGAUACGGCCAAAGAGAUGGAUUCCUUCUCAACAGGCUGUAAAGUGUAUGCCAACAUCGGCGAGGAUACGUAUGACAUUGUCCCAGUGAAGGAGGAUCCUGGGGAAGGAGGCUCAAACGCCAACAGAGGGAAGAGAUCUUUGAUGGCGACUCCUUUGAAACCCCUCAAUGAGCUUCCUUUAACCGAACCCAAUAAGAAGAAGGGCAAAACGGAGCUGGAGGAUCACUAUGAGGUCAUCAUGGACGGGAAGACUUUCUACGUGUGCGUGAUCUGCAAGCGCCCCUACGUGUGUGUGGCGAGCCUUCGGCGGCAUUUCAACACGCAUUCCUGGGAAAAGAAGUACCCGUGCCGCCACUGCAACAAGGUCUUUGCCCUGGCGGAGUAUAGAACUAAACAUGAAAUCCUGCACACGGGAGAAAGGCGGUACCAGUGCUUGCUGUGCAACGACACCUUCCUCAAUUACCAGUUGCUGUCCUCCCACUGCAAGCAGGCGCACAAUCAGGACCCUAGUGGCAAGAAAGAGAAGGACGACAGUGACAACAACCUGUACCGCCUGCUGCCACCCAAGAGGAAGAUGAAGUCGUACUCGUGGGUCACCGAUGAGUCGGUGGUCCCGGUCAUCUCCGAAGAUAGAGGUCUGUGUCGCGUAAGCACAGUCGGUGAGGCUGUCCACCCUUCCAACCAAGAAAGGGUAAUGACUUGGGACGAACUCUUCAAAGCCAACGUGCCACCGAACGCUCAACCAGGAUCCAACAUGAGCUCUCCUUCGCAGGGCGUCACAGAGUUUGAAUAUAUUACACCAGAGACCUACUGAGCUCCACACACUGUCAUCAAUGCCUCUCGGGUGCUUCCGCCGUUUUACUCUUUCACAUCAACGCUUAUUUUGUUGAUGGUCCCUUCAGGUACAGUUGCAUUAGUGUACAUUUUUAGUGUCAACUGGAACAGCACUUCAAAUCUGUGGGGUCUGUGUAGCCCACUUCAGAGAACUCGAUAAGACACUUAUUCGGAUCAAAAGUAACAUGUAGUUAUUGGUAGUUUACUAGAAGAGAAAUGCAGCCUUCCCUUCACUGCAUUCCAAAUCUUUUGCGAAAGCCUUAAUCCAGUUGAUUAUUGGAUUUAUUCGAUAAGAAUUGGUUUCAAAGGUAAACGGGUGGGAUUUAAUUGUUUUGUAUUUUGUUAAGAAGUUAUCAAUUUGACUUUGCACUGUAAAUGAAAAACUGAGAUUGAGAAAGUGGCUCUUACUCUGAAAUUAUGCUAUGUAGGCAUGAAAAUGAUUCAUGUUUUUACGAGGUCAUAAUUUUUUAACUUCUUUUGGUUUAACAUUAAAUGUUUCUUAAUUUUUUUUUUCUCCAAAAAAUGUUAAAUUAUGUUUUCAGUUGGACUGUACGGCCCAAAAUUGAAUCGGUAAACUAUUAUCGAAUGGAAACAGGAUUAUUUAUUGAAAUACUCCUUUCUAACAACGCGGCACUUUCUGUUUUUCCUUUUUCUGGAUUUAAUUACCGCAUUGAAUUUAUCUAAAUAAUCACGGAGUUUCUCAAUCCAUCUAAUUAUUAACUGUAUAGUUUGUUUUGUCUGCAUUGCCACCCAGCUUCGGAUGUGAAAUUUAAGAAAUCUAUUUUUUUAUUGAUCCUCUGUUCCUGCUGUGUCUUGUUGCGGGGACAAUGUGCAGUCAAUAAAUUUCAAAGCUUAAAAAAAAA